UCUCUGUGGUGGUCGAAACGGGAGUACGGAGGGAUCGUGAAAAUGAGGAAAAAAAGACUAAAACGAUUAAAAUGCUAGUUGAAGGUGGAGAUCACACACUCCAACAUGUGACAUCUUACAUGUUGCGGGCUCCUCGUAUCAUGUCCUCCUCACAGUAUGGAACUCAGUGCAUAGGACACACACUGACAAGUCCUCAAGGAUAAGCUGAGCACACCUCACAAGAUCUCAUCAUGGAUAAGAAGGCAAUUGUGUUCCGUGUCAAUGACGGACAAGGCCCUGAUCUCCUCCACCAAGUGUUCCUCGAGAAGGGCUGGCUGGAGUAUGAGGAGACUUCCCAGGAUGAAUACGACUGGAAUAUCUGGUGGAGGACAUCCAGAUUCAGGGCCUGUGAUUACGAACAGCUGAUGCCAUGGCAACGGUUGAAUCACUAUCCCAAGUCCACAGGCAUUACGAAGAAGGAUUCUUUGGCAAGGAAUCUGAAACGUAUGAGAGGUGUGUAUGGAGCAGGUGUGUUCAAUUUUAGUCCGAUUGCUUUCAAUUUACCCAAUGACUACACCAGAUAUGUAGCAGAGUAUAGCAAACUGAAGCAGAAUGCUGAUCCAAAGACUCUUUUAUGGAUAUGCAAACCUGCUGACUUGUCCCGUGGAAGAGGAAUUUUUCUUUUCAGAGAACUGUCUGAAUUACAAUACGACUACAAUGCUGUAGUUCAGAGAUACAUCCCCAACCCUCUUCUUAUAUCAGGGUACAAAUUUGAUAUGAGGAUUUACGUUGCAGUUCCAUCCUUCCAUCCAUUGUCUGUGUAUAUAUACCAGGAAGGGAUUGUCAGAUUCAGUACGGAAAAGUUUGAUCUCAAUAACAUCAACAAUGUCUUUGAGCAUUUAACCAACACUUCUAUCAACAAGCACAGCCCGAGUUAUAGCACUGACAAAGAGAGGGUGGGACCAGGUUGCAAGUGGACCUUGAAUCAACUACGCUACUAUUUUCAUCAGAACAACAUCAAGGACGGGAAGAUGUGGAAGAGGAUUACCAACAUUGUAAUUCUAACACUCCUGACACAAGCGCCAAUGGUGUCCAAGGUUGACAACUGCUUCGAAAUGUAUGGUUUUGAUAUACUUAUUGAUGAAAACUUAAAACCCUGGCUUCUUGAGGUGAACUUCAGCCCAUCUCUGAGCUCAGAUUGUCAGGCAGACAUCCUUGUGAAGAAGCCAUUGCUACAUGACCUCAUGGACAUGAUGAACUUUAAAGAUUCUGACACUGAGCGUGGCGGUGAAGCGUUUCAUCGUCGCCAAAGUAGUAAAAGCCAUACAAGUCUCAUCUCUGACCGAAAUACUUCAGUGAGUAGAUUAAGCAGAGGAAGCAGUGUUCACAAGUUUCCUUCACUUCCAAACAGCAGUAGGAAGACUUCCGCAAAAGGUGAUCUUGACACCAAUGGUGACUACAACAGAAGUUCUGGUUUUAUGUGUAUGGCUGAUGGGGACGAAGAAGCCAGUAGACCAAUAUUUGGCCUCCCUUUGGUUCAACAUUUUGACGAUGAAGGGUAUCCUUCAGAUAAUGAUGAAAAUCUUGAUACAAAAUCACCUGAGACUUUGAAAAAGGGCAAAUCUGAUACUAGUCUUCCAAAGAGUUCUUCCAGUGUGUCGGAUUCCAGAACAAGAGAUGGCAGCACACAAGACCCUAGGUCAGCCAGGUCAGAUCAUGCUUCAGCCAAGAAAUCAGGAUACAAGCUACACAAGGUCCACAGUAAAGGUUCCUCUAUAUCAGACAGUGGAGUGUCCAGCUUUUCUGGAUGCAGUGAAAACUCAGACUUAAUGUCAAGACAAGGUCGGAACUCAAGAGAUAGCAUCCCACAAUUGUUUCUUCCAUCGGAUUCCACCUCUGAAACUACAGAGAUUCAAAAGAGUCCAACAAGGACAGCAUCUCUUCAAAGAAAACCAUCUGUGAAAAGGUAUGGAUAUGCAUUAAGUGUCAAGAAAAGCAACAGAAGUUCCUUUAAGAGUGUGUCUCAGUUGACGACAGUUACAAAAGUGGGACGUAAUGCCUUCAUUGGUACAGCGAACAAUUUUGAUGUUGGAAACCCACCUGAGACAGAUGAUGCAAGCCAAACAACCACCAGCUCUCCUACGCCCACAAAAUUCAGUGUUAGACGUAGAAGGUCACAGAUAUCUGUUUCAGACACAUCUCAAAUUCGCAAAAGUGUGACAGUAGGCAGGAAUAAUGUGCGGUCUCUCAAUUCAGGUCCUACAUCUACUUCACAGAAACAGUUCAAUGGAACAAGAAAGCCAGCCCUUCGCACUGGCAAAAAUCAUUUUGGCCUGACCAAGCCUCCGUUCCUAAAGGACCAAAGGAGGUUAUAGGAUUUUUACUUAGUGUUUCCUUUCAGUGACGUGACAAGGAAAGCCAGUGCCACCUCUCUGGAUGCUCGGUUGAUCAUUCGUGAGACUCAGAAGCUCCUCAAGGAGUCUUCAGGGAAAGCUGGAGGAGCUGCUAGUGAAGCACCUCAAAUAUGGGGUCCCUUGAAGAACUUGGAUGGUUCUUGAUGAUGGACUGAUGAUAGGGAUAACCUCCUCGUCUUGUUUGGCGCCUUGCUGCAGUUUUAUAGUGCCUUCAUCAUCGCUGGACCAGAAGUUUCAGCCAGAAGACUCGUCUGAUGCCACAUGGCGAAUGUGCCAUUAGUUUAACAAGGCCCAGAAGUAAUGCUGUGAUACUGAUGGACAGAAACAAGGCAACAUCUGGGAAGUGAAUUAUUUGACAAACAUUAUGUACAUGGCAUAUCCCGCUGAGUGAUCUCAGCACAUUGCCAAGUCUGUGAUAGAGAUUUAACCGUUGUUGUGCUAUAAUGACAAGGUCAAUCAUAAGCAGUGUACUGUAAUUUCUAAAACUGCACCUCAAUCUUGUUCUUUGAGCCCAGGCAUUUAUGUCUAACAGGGCAGUAAACUGCAAUUACUGUGUUCCUGUAUGUGUUUCCUUCAGUAUAUGUUUAUAUCAUGCUCCGGUAUAUUAUUCUUAUCUAUCUUGAAACCAUCUUCUGGAAAUAAGUAUCUGAAUCUGAGAGAAUGAUUUUUCAAUAUUAGUAUUUUUUAAACCACUGUAAGAUUUGCUAUUUUCAAACUGUUAAACUUUGAUUUUGUAUCGUGAAUCUGUAAAUAUAAUAUCCUGCAUUUAUAAUAAAAUAUACAGCAUUCAAAUUCACACUACAUCUAGAAAUAAUAAUGGCAUUUAUCAAGUGUUAUUAGUCCUACAGUCCUAUAGUGAUGCAGGCAAUGAGAUGUGUAGGACUAUCUUUUUCUUCAAUUUGUAGAUAAUAUUAUGUUAAUUAUUGAGAUAGGUUCAUGGAACGUGUAUUCAGAAUAAUUUCAGUUACUUUAUAAAAGUUUGAUGUCAUACACUGUACAGCAGCACUAAUUAGGAUGUUAUUCACAUUGAUCAAUACUUUUAUAAUCAU